CCUCAGGCCAUGUCGGCCUCAUUGCAAACAUCAAAUGAGACGACAGACAUUUGUGGAGCACAGUGGCUCCUUCUUUGGACAACUGCUGCAUACUCUCCAGAAGUGCCGAAUAGAGAUGAAAAGGAGGCGUUAGAGACCUUCUUCCACAAAUUCCAGGAUCUCUGUCGUGAUGGACCAUAUGCUCAUGGAUACAGUCGUGCUGUCAAAGAACACGGACCACCGCCGGUGACCUCAAGACGAGAGCUCAUGCUGUGGCUUUGCACAGCAGAGAAUCGAUGCCUGAAAGCGGCAGGUCUAGCAACAAAUCGUUGCCGCUACUUUGAUCUGAUGUCAAGGUGGCGAUACGCUGAUGGCUACCUCUAACAAAGCAUAAACUUUCGUGACUGGCGAAGAAAA